UUGCCCACACUGUCCUCGGAGAGAGCCUGGAUACGAAGCAGGCGGACGUGAGAAGGGGGUUGGAAAAAUGGAGGUGCCGCGCCUGGAUCAUGCCCUCAACAGCCCCACCAGCCCCUGUGAGGAGGUGAUCAAAAACCUCAGCCUGGAGGCCAUUCAGCUGUGCGACCGAGAUGGGAACAAAUCACAAGACAGUGGCAUAGCAGAGAUGGAAGAACUUCCCGUACCACAUAACAUCAAAAUAAGCAACAUUACCUGCGACUCAUUCAAGAUUUCAUGGGAAAUGGAUUCAAAAUCAAAGGACCGUAUUACACACUAUUUCAUUGACCUCAAUAAGAAAGAGAACAAGAACUCCAAUAAAUUUAAACACAAGGAUGUUCCAACAAAACUGGUGGCAAAAGCCGUUCCCUUGCCGAUGACUGUCCGUGGACACUGGUUUUUGAGCCCGAGAACUGAGUAUACAGUAGCAGUGCAGACUGCCUCAAAACAAGUUGAUGGUGAUUACGUUGUGUCUGAAUGGAGUGAAAUUAUAGAAUUCUGCACAGCAGACUAUUCAAAAGUUCAUCUAACACAACUGUUGGAGAAGGCCGAAGUGAUUGCAGGACGGAUGCUCAAAUUUUCUGUUUUUUAUCGUAACCAGCACAAAGAAUAUUUUGACUAUAUUCGAGAACAUCAUGGGAAUGCUAUGCAGCCCUCUGUCAAGGAUAACAGUGGCAGCCACGGCUCUCCUAUCAGCGGAAAAUUAGAAGGCAUCUUCUUUAGCUGCAGCACUGAAUUCAAUACUGGGAAGCCACCCCAGGAUUCACCUUAUGGAAGAUACAGGUUUGAGAUUGCAGCAGAAAAACUUUUUAACCCCAAUACUAACUUAUACUUUGGGGACUUCUACUGUAUGUACACUGCUUAUCAUUAUGUGAUUCUGGUCAUUGCUCCUGUGGGAUCACCAGGAGAUGAAUUUUGUAAGCAGCGCCUUCCUCAACUAAAUUCCCAGGAUAAUAAAUUUCUGACCUGCAGAGAAGAAGAUGGGAUGCUGGUUUACCACCAUGCCCAGGAUGUCAUUUUAGAAGUCAUUUACACUGACCCCGUGGAUCUUUCUCUAGGCACCGUGGCAGAAAUCACUGGUCAUCAGCUCAUGAGUUUAUCUACUGCAAAUGCAAAGAAAGAUCCCAGCUGCAAAACCUGUAAUAUUAGUGUUGGACGUUAAUGCCCACUUUUCUUAUUCUUAGUCCCCCUUUCUUCCAGUAGGAGCCCCGAUCCUCUGUUGUCCAUUUUCACCACCCAGAUGUUUUCCACUGAAGCAUGCACAUGCCACUGUCACCAAAAGCGAACCACCACUUUUCAGAUUUCCAAGCUGUUGUAGUGUUUUCCUGUUUCCUACCCUUCCCAUAACUUUGAGAGAUGAACUAUCCUAAGUUGUUUCUGACACUCUCUUGCCUAGAUGCUGCAAUGUUUUUAUUUUUCCUUUAUGCCAAAUAUAACCAAACUAUUAUAUAAACUGCUUUAGUAAAAUACAAAAUAAUGGCUUAUAAAUGGUGUUUAAAUAUGCUCUCAUUUUAAUCUACUGAACAAAUAUUGGGAUAACUCCAAACCGCAUGAAAAAGUGUAAUUGCAGCAUGAGUUAAAUCUUGAAGCCUAGAAUUGUCAGCACUUCCAACUUGUUGUUUGACAGUGUUAUUUAUGUUAUUUAUAUUAGCUAACAGGAAACAACUACUGUGUUUCA